AUGUCUGAAGACGGCAACAACACCUGGGAGUGUUCAGUGUGCACCUACCACAACAGCGCCGAGGCCUUCAAGUGUCUGAUGUGUGACGUGCGCAAGGGCACCUCCACUCGCAAGCCCCGCAUCAAUCCGGAGAUGGUGGCCAAACAGGUGGCUCGCCAGCAGGAGCAGAUCAAGCAGCAGGCCCUCAAGUCGGUGGUCAAGGGCGGAAAGCCGGAAGGCGGCGGUAAGGUGGGCCGAAGAAGUGGCAGCAACACCAGUGGCCUGGGCGAGGACACCAACAGCAACAGCAGCGUGGCCACUGACGCGAGCAGCAUCAGUGGGCGAAGCAGUCCAGCGUCCACCAGUGACCAGCAGCACAACAAUCGAGCACUGAAUGGAUCCACUUGCUCAAACUCUAACGCCAGUACCGAUUUGCCCAGCACUGCCGCUACUCACCACGGUACAUCUUUUUUAAAUAAAAUCAAUUCUCUUAGCAGCACUGCCAGCAGCUCUAAAUCGCCUGCCGCCUCUGCGUCCUCUUCUCGCAGUCAUUCAGUCAGCAUGAACAGCAGCGAUGCACAGUGGGAGGAUGAGGUGGACGAGAACAAGCAGACGGUGCGGGCCACUGUCAGCAAGAAGGCUCGCAAAAAGACGCCUCAGGUGACGCCGGUGAAGCCACGUCUAAAGAACGUAGAUCGUGAUAAUGUCAAGGUGGAGGAGGUGACGGUGAACAACCUCACCGUCCUCAUCACCGAGUUCACGGUGAAGCGAAAGCUGUCUGAGAUGAGCGAAAAUCAGCUCGCCAGCCCAUCGGAGUCGCCCCCAAAAAGGGCACACAAAGCCGAUCAUCAUCAACAGUCAGCUGUAAAAAUUUCGAGCAGCAGCUCGGACAAAGACG